CUCAAGUUCUUGGUUCUGCUCACAUCUCUGCACUUCAAGUAUAAAUCGGAUCAGAAUGAGAAUCAUCAUCCUUUUUGGACUUCUGGCUACUGCACAUAGUGAAGUUGUGUUUCACACGGGCUUUACCAACGAGGUAGAUGUCGAGAAUUUCAAAGCGUUCGACCUUAAUGGCGAUGGAAUCCUCCAUUUCAGUGAAACUUUCACAACUUUCAGGGACGUUGAUACGAAUGAUGAUGGAGUCUGGAGCUUUGAAGAGUUCGCUGAUAAGUGUUCUCCAGAUAUUCCUCCUCUUCAAGCUCAAAUCGCAUUUGACUUUGCGGACACCCUGGACUCUGCAGUCGACGGUGUCAUCGAUUCAUCGGUGACAUGCGCAUUUUUCAGCAUCAUGGAUGUGGACAACAACAGGAAAGCAAUUUUAGGAGAAUAUAAAAACGCAUCCCAUCAGGCGAAAAGCUACUUCAAAACAGAGCUGAAAACAUCGCGGGAUGUUGACAUCUGUUGCAUCAUAUGCAAAAGAAACUCCAAAUAA